UGCCCCAAUCUGGCUGCUAUUUCCACGUGACUUCUCCCCCCGUAUAAACCCUCACCCGCCCCCCUCGUCCAGUCCCCGUCCCCGCUCCCCAUCGCCGCCGGCUCCGAGCCAGCCACCCCGACGAAACUAGGGUUUCGCCCUCUACCUCCGCUCCCAAGCAGCGCGACCAUGGCGGCGCGUACGGCCCGUCGUCGGUAGCUCCUGCGGCCAGCCGUGCUUGCUUCCUCCCCCUGGCAUCCCUAGCUCCCCUGAUUGGAUCAAGCCGUUCCUUCCCUGAGCCUUGACUGCUGCUGCUACCCCCGGCCGCGCAUCCAGUACUCUUCGAUCUGCUGCUAGCCUGCUACCACGGACGCUUCACCAGCCUCCACCCUUCCGUUUACUGCUGCUCCCUACCACAGGCAACGAUGUCAAAACUGGUUAGAGAGAGCAAAGGAGAGAUGCGGGGAGUCGGAGGCCCGUUGCUCACCGUCAGCGAUCUCCUCAGCGACCUCGCCGUCGACGGAGGCAACGACCACCUCGACGGCGGCGGCGGAGACGCAUCUGUACCCUCAUCCCCGUUGGCAGCGCAGCAGGUUGAGGAGGCCGACCCGUCCCACCUCCAACGGCUCUUCGAGGAAGACUAUGACAAUCUGAUGAAGUCACUACAGGAGAAUGACCCUUCAUGGCCCUCCUUGAUGCUGAAGUUGUGCACAGCGUUGAAGACCUCAGAUAAGCUGCUGGGCUGCGCGAACGCGAAGGCGCGACAGCUGCUGGAGAAGGUGGAGGCGCUGGAGCAAGUGCUAGAGAAGGGAGAUCACAUGGUGGGAGCGAUUUUAGAGGGUCUCCAGAACGCGCAACUUAAGGGUGAUAGCAGGACUUCGAAAUCAAAUGCACCUAGCAAGUAGUGUUGCGCUGUUGCAGCUGUUGUGUUUGGUUUAUGCAAAUCAGAAGGGUUGUCACUGUCUUUUUGAUGUAAAAGGGCUACGCGUUGGUAUCUUCAUGAGUUUGGACAGUGCGUGUAUGCUUUAUGUCUCGGCAUUGUUGGAAUUUCGGUGUUCCCCUGUCA